GUAGGUUGAGUAAGAGGGAAUGCGGUCAGAGGCCCAGUGAGGAUACACAGAGAGAGAGAGAGAGAGAGAGAGAGAGAUCAUCCAACUGCUCGGCUGUGAAUACGACAGAAUAAGAGACGGACAGCAACAAGCGCUCACUGCCAUAACACUUCCAUCGCUCUGGUUUUCUGGAGGAUCUUCUUCUUGAGGAUCUUCUGGGAUUCAGUCUUCGCUCCGUCAGAUGUGAGAUACGCAGUUGUGCAACAGCUGGAAGAGUUUUGAACAGCUUCAAUGCGACUCCGCGGGUCUGCGGGCCACCGGAAGGAGACGGGGGAGGUGGGGGGGGAGGCGCCGGGAGGCCACGGAGGGGCUCCGGUGCUGCGGAGGGGGGAGGAGAGGGAGAAAGCAAAAGAGCAAAGGAGAAGAGGAGAGAUGGCUGCGGGAGAAAUCACCACUCUCCCGGCCUCUCCCGACGACGGGGCCAGCGGAGGAUUUCCCACGGCCAACUUCAAGGAACCCAAACGAUUGUACUGCAAAAACGGAGGUUACUUUCUGCGCGUAAACUCGGACGGCAGGGUGGACGGCAUCCGGGAGAAAAGGGACCCACACAUUCGGCUGCAGCUUCAGGCGACGGCUGUAGGUGAAGUGCUGAUCAAGGGAAUCUGUGCCAACCGUUAUCUGGCCAUGAGCGCUGACGGACGACUUUUCGGGACGAGAAGAGUCACAGAUGAAUGUUAUUUCUUUGAACGUCUGGAGUCCAAUAACUACAACACAUACAGAUCCCGGAAAUACUCCGACUGGUAUGUGGCUCUGAAGAGAACAGGCCAGUAUAAAUCAGGUUCUAAGACCAGUCCGGGCCAGAAGGCUGUUCUGUUCCUCCCGAUGUCUGCCAAAUGUUGAUCAAGAG